CAGCUGUGGUGCCAAUGGGCUCACUUUCUAGAAUGCUUUUUAGUGAUGCUUUUUGGCUGACGUUUUGGCAUUGCUCAGCAAACAAGGGACAGAGCAAAAGAAUCAUUUACUAAACUUAAUGCAUUAAUCAUUCACUAAACUUAACACAUUAAGCAUCAUCCUUCAAAGAUGUGCCUUUUAAAGUUCAAGUUGUUUCCUGCAAAGAGUUUCAAAGCAGGUUGUACCAUUACAUCUAUUUUUGAUCUUCCAGCUGUCGGAGGCUGAAAAUGAUCAGCAUUUGGUCACUGCUGAAGUGAAGUCAAAGUCAUGUUCCAGUAUCAGAUAGAUGUUGAUUUCUUGUGUCUGGUUAUAUGUUCCUCAGAGAGAUAGAAGGACCUGCUCAAUUUUUCUUUAAAGACACCUAAGUAGAUUGAAUAAGAAAGUAGUACAUUACGCUGCUGUAGGCACAGCUGAUGUUAUCCUCUAGGAAAACCUAUAUGAACUGAAUAAACCAAAGUGGAAGCCUGGAAAGCAAUUGCCUGGAAAGCAGUGGAGCUCAGGGGCUCCAUUCCUCAUUAAGCAGCCCGGACCCCAGGGGCAAUCCUGGGAGCUGCAGAAUGUUUGGGCCUUAAGGACCAGCCCAAGCUGACUUUCUGAAUGACAGAUCAUAGGGGUGGGAAGGGACCUCUGGGGAUCGUCAAUUCCAACCUCCCUGCCAAGGCAGGUUCCCUAGAGCAGGUUACACAAGAAAGUGUCCAGAGAAGGAGACUUCUCUUCCUUGGCCUUUUGGUGAAGACCAAGUAUAGAAUCUGUUCUUGUCAGUUUAACUUUCACUAGUUGGAAGCAUGGCUGCGUUUACUUCAGCAACUGCAAAAACGGUUGUGUAAGCUCAACUUGAAUUUCCAAAUAGUUUUCUCUCCCUGAUUUUGCUCCUUUUUUCAGUUCCCUGGGUGAUUUGCUGAAGAGCCUUGCCCAGCUCUGUGUAAGCUGACAUUCCAAGUGCUGUUCUGAUGUGUGUCUGGCUUUCCUUUUCAGGGUUGACGCGCCGCCGCUGUAGCAGCAGCCCCAUCAGUGAUAAGGAUGCCAAACAGCAACGCCUAGAUUCAGCUGAAAAGUAUCGACGUCUUCUCGUUGACUCCAUCUGCAAGAGAUACGGAAGCAGGAGAGCAGCAGGAGCAGCAGCACAAGAGCCAACGCAACCGCUGGCUUUCAGCCAAGCCUUUGUCAACCUCGUGCUUCGGCAGAGCAAAGCCUCCCGACUGAAAGAGAGGGCAGACAAACCCCGAGAGGACGUGCCCAGUGCCCCCGAGCCAGAAGAAUGUGUGGAUACAGCAGUGAGAGUGUCAGAUCUGUUUGGUAGCGUGGUCCGAUCGGGUACAACGAAGGUGAUCUUUUUGUUUGGUAAACCAGGUACAGGCAAGACCGUGCUAAUGCACAGGAUUUGUCAGAAGUGGGCGGAAGGUGUCUUACAUCAGUUUCUCUUCACUUUCCUGUUUGAGUUCCGGCAGUUGAAUUUACUAAAAAGAAAACUGACUCUGAAGGAGCUUUUGUUUGACCUGUUUCUUCAGCCAGAAGACAGCCCCGAUGCAGUGUUCCAGCACCUCCUGGAAAACGCCCAGCGUAUACUGAUCAUCUUUGAUGGGCUGGAUGAGUUUGCGGGUAACAUGGACGUGUCAUCAUCUUAAAGGAGCUUGAAUCGUAGCUCCAGUAUGUCCAUAUCUGAACUCUUUGCAGAGCUUUGUCAUGGGAACCUCCUGCCUGGUUGCACGGUGUUGGUCACCAGUCGCCCUAAGAGACUCCCCGACUUCUUGAUAAAAACAGUAGAUCUGUUGGCAGAAGUCUGGGGGUUUGAUCACGAGAAGGUUGAGGAAUAUGUCAGCCACUAUUUUCGUCAUCAUUCAUUCAAAGAGCAGGCCAUCGCUCACCUGAGGAACAACACCAAGCUCCUCAGCAUGUGCCAGAUCCCUGCUCUGUGUUACGUUGUCUGCAUCUGUUUGGAGUAUUGGCUGCUUAAACAUCAGACGAGCGUGGAACUUCCUCAGACCAUGACACAGUUUUAUAUCAAAAUGCUUCUCAUCUUCAUAAACAAACAGCAGGGAGGGCAUGCGGGUGAUGAAGAGGCUCAGCUGAACAGUAACAAGAAGGCCAUUUUGGGUCUGUGUGAUCUUGCACUGAAAAGCCUGGAAGCUAAGAAGCUCGUGUUUUACGUUGGAGAUAUUCCAGAGCACGUGAAAGAGUUUGCUUCCUUGCACGGUCUGCUGACUGUCUUUGAGGUGAAGACGAACAGCGCUCGCCCCGAGACCGGCUAUGCCUUUGUGCACUUGAGCCUGCAGGAGUUUUUUGCAGCCCUGUGUCUCAUGAUAAGCAAGAGCGUGGACAAGAGCCACCUGAAGAGGAAGUUAUCUCUGAAGUCAAAGUGGAUGUUAAGGAAUGAGGCAAAGACCGAGUUCAUGGAGAGCUUUCACAUCUUCCUCUCAGGCUUGUCAUCCAAAGAGUGUAGAACGUUUCUCAUGUUGCUAGCUGAACAAAGUGAAGCGUGGGUGCAGGAUAAGCAAGAUGCAAUCCUUCAGUCCCUCAAGAAAUUGGCAGCCACUCAGCUGACUGGGCCCAAAGUCAUUGAGCUCUGCCAUUGCACGUUUGAAACGCAAGGCCUUGAAGUAGCCCAGCACAUUGGGAGCCUGCUGAAUUUCAAGUAUGAGUUUAAAAACUUCAGACUGACACCUCUGGACAUGUCGGCUUUGGUUUUUGUCAUCAACUCGGGCCAGGAUGUGACUCGGUUGGAUUUUGCAGGGUGCCCCUUAGACACAGACUGUUUGGAGAUACUGGCCAGCUGUAGGAAUGUGGAGCAUCUGAGCUUUCGGAGUAGGAGAUUUGGUGAUGACUUUGCUGCUGCACUUUCAAAGUGCUUAGGAGAAAUGGGGAGUCUGAAGAAACUGGAGGUGACAGGUGGGAGCAUCACAGCUGUGGGUCUGACUGAUGUGGUCCAAGCUUUGUCACACUGCCUGCAGCUCGAGGAAAUAAACUUGCAGGACAAUCGGAUACAGAAUCCAGACGUAAAGACAGUGAUGGAGCUGUUUUCCAGAAUGGAAAAGCUAAAGAAAAUAGAUCUGAGCAAGAACAAUCUUUCCUUGAAUGCUGUUCUCCUUUUGGCCAAAGAAGUCACUGUGUGUCAGAAUGCUACUGAGCUACAUGUCAGGAAGGACACUGUGAUAAUAUAUUUCUCGGGCACAUCUGGGAAAGUUCCAAGGUCUUUGGAUUUGAAGUGGGAACAAAACAAGGAAUGUGCGACUCCAACUAGACAUCUGAGGUUGUGCUUGCAGGCUCGCAGCUUGUCCUCACAACAUGCAAAGGAGAUUGUGUCCAUUCUCCAGAGCUACCCACACCUCUCUGAAGUGGAGUAAGUGCACCUUUCCUCCCUGUGCCAUUGCUAUGAGUGUGGGCAGGAAGCAGGGUGUGUUAGAAACAGAAGGCAGUGAGACCCCAAGGGAGGAACCCAGCACACUGUGUUGUGUCUGGUGAGAUCUCAGUAGGGAUUUUUGGUGAGGUUCAGUGGGAGCUGAAUGCUGAGCAGCUUUUGAUUCCUGUGACAACUAAACUCCAAUUUUCCAGCUCUCUAACUUGAAAUUGAGAUGGAGAACUUUCUUAUCCAGUGUUUCCUGCCAUCCUUCCUUCAAUCCUUCCUUCCAAGGGGCAGUAAACACUUGCUCAGUUGGUUUCUUGAUUUGCCCUUCCAAUUAAGUUCUUUAUAAUGUUAGAUAUUUCUGGUACUA